GAAUGUGAAUGGGAUACAUGCAAUGAACAGAAAACAGACAUGGCUCAGUUUGUUAAACAUAUUUCUCAACAUAUUACAGAAUAUGUUGUUUCAGACAAUGUAGAGAAGACUCCAAAUGGAACCAUGUUUUCAUGUGGCUGGCAGGAGUGUGGUGCUCAGAUAAUCGGAAAUCUAAGUGACUUUAACAGACAUGUGUAUUUCCAUGCCUUUCAUGUUCGUAUUAAGUGUCUGGGUAGAGCAUUGUGUAUCUCAGCUGGGUGUACUGACGGCUGCUCUACCGACGGAUUGAGUCGCAAUUCUAUACCAGAACUACCAGAGAAUUUAAUCUGUGGUUGGAAAGAUUGUGAGAUUAUCUAUGAUAAUCCGGUGUAUUUUUAUAGUCAUGUUAAUCAACAUAUCGAGGAAUAUGGAGAGGGCAAUAACUUACACGGGGGAGCCAAGUGUAAAUGGGCAGGAUGUGAUACAGUAGUUAAAAGUAGAUAUAAGUUAAGAGAGCAUCUGAGAAGUCAUUCACAAGAGAAAGUUAUAGCUUGUCCUACUUGUGGAGGGUUAUAUUCCAACAGAACUAAGUUUAUUGAUCAUCAGAAAAGACAAGCUGAUAACUCUAAACAAUUAUACCAAUGUUCACAUUGUAACAAGAGAUUUGCUACAGCUCGUAUUCUACGAGACCACAUGAGGCAUCAUGUAAACCAUUAUAAAUGUCCGUUUUGUGAUAUGACGUGUCCGUCACCUUCUGGUUUACGUUCUCAUAUAAAAUAUCGUCAUUCACAGGAAAAACCUUUUAAAUGUCCUCACUGUGAUCAUAGUUCUAAAAGUUCGAAUGAUUUACGCCGCCAUCUGGAAUGUCAUAGUGAAGCCUCAAUGUUUUACUGUCAGGAGGAGGGUUGUGUAUUUGAAUCAAGAACUUAUAAUGGGUUAACACGCCAUGUUGUUAAAGUACAUCAGAAUAAAGAUACGUGUAAUUUAAGAUAUGCCUGUCAUUUAUGUGAGAAGAAAGUGAGCCGAGGAACCAUAUUAACUAAACAUUUAAAAUCAACUCACAAAUUUAAAUGGCCGUCUGGUCAUUCCAGGUUUAGGUACAAACUUCACGAUGAUGGAUUUUGGAGGUUACAGACUGUGCGUUAUGAAAGUAUCGAGGUUUCGGAUCAGUACGUC